ACAUAACACACUGCUGAAGUUGGCUUCAAAAGACGAAGGUUCCAGGAUCAUUUCAAGUUGGUUUUAACCAACGUUUGUUUCAAAAAAAAAAAACGCACCUGGCUCGAGUUGAAAGUUCGUAGAUACCGCUUCACGAAAUCGACCUUUUUUUUGUAGACACCAAUUGCUUGCUUUUUUGCGAUCUACGACAAUGAAGGUUCCAAACAUCCAGGCAAAUGCAAUCCUAAAAAAGUUUGGAUCUGAAAUGCGAAAGCAUUGGGUAAAAGAGCCUGUAUGGUAUCAAGCAGUCGUACAAACACCACCAACUUUUCAGUUUCAAAAGAGGAUUGUGCCAGGAUACGAAAAGGCAGUUGCAAAAUGGCAAGCCACCGGCCAUAAAAGCCAGUGCGGCUCUAACGGUAAGGUCCGUGCCAAUAUGUUUAAGUUACGCAAACUUAGGUGGCCGGAGGACGCCUUGCGGAAACGCUUUUACCAAGAGCAUCCAUGGGAGCUUGCUCGUCCUCGUAUACUGUCCGAGAACGAUGGUCAAGACUUCGUCUACUGUGACUGGAGUCGUAUGGACCAGCCGAGGAAAGGUCUUGACGGUGAAAGUGUCGUGCAACGGACCUUGUGGCUCAUGGAGCAUAAAACUAUGACACAAGAAGAUGCUUAUAACAAGGCGCUUCAAGAAUUUUAUAAUCUUCGGGCGAAUGAGGAAAUUGAGCAACGAGUCGCCCUGGAUCAAGCACAAGCAUUGGGUGCGUUACUCACUAAGGACGACUUGGAGCUCGGUUUCGAGUUGGAUCAAGCUGCAGCGAAUGACUGGAAGCAAAAAGCCACAGAACGUACGCGCUUGUUGCACGACAAAUUUGUUGAUCCCACACACACUUAAACGCAGCAGCAGACUUCAUCAAAAAAUACUGAUGUCUCCGUAAUGAAAACGGAUGUUGCAGAUAGCAUGAAAAUACUUAUGAGCCUCCAGUACUGUUUCCAGACACCGUUGUCCACAAAUGGAAAUUAAACGUCGACAAUGAUACAACUAAAUACCCCAUAAAGCAUGAACUACCCCCAACGUAACCACGAACAAGGGAAAAGUACACAUUAUCAUUGUUGACGCCGUAGCCAUAUUGGUGUACACAUUACGAACAAAAACUUGCUGGAACGUUAAAGAGAAGGAUCAAAACACAAGUAACUUUUUUAGACAAACAAAGACCGCCCUUUUAGUCGUGAUGAUUGCCGGGAAUAAAUGUCAUAACAAUUUUUACCUCGUCUUCUUGGGCUUGGGCUUCAUUUCUUCUGGAGGUACAGGAUGCAGCAUGAUCUUUGUAGGCUGCUGGUUGUUGGGGACGUAACCCUUGCUCCAGUCGUUACCUGUAGCGUAUGCAUAAAUGUUGCCGUUACGGUUGAAUGCGGCAGCUGUGAUGGGACCACCGACGUUUGGGUAUCCUUUGAGACGCUGACGACUGUCUUUAUCCCAAUAGUUGAAUGUACCGUCGGAACCAGCGGUAGCGAACGUGCCGUACUGUGGAUGGAAUGCUAUAGAGUUUACGCUGUAGACAUCUGCGUUCGAACCAACGAUAUUACGAUGGCAACGGAAACUGAAAUUUUGACUAGAAUUUUUGUCGUCGACAUAUUGAAUAGCACAACGACCCUCCACGCUCACGAGAGCAUAACCCUCAGAGUUGGGGAAACAAGCGAUUGAUCGCGUUUGGAACUUAAGUGGGCUCAUAGUAACCUUGAAAAUUUUAGUAGGCUCGGAAAGAUUAAUGAUGGCAACAUUGCGCUCAGCACAGCCAACAACGAGAAGAGGGUGUACGGAAUCCAUAGCGUAUACACGCUCCGGGAGACUAACGGUAGCAAUAGGAGUAGAUUGACGUAAAUCCCAGUAUCUCAAUGUUUUAUCCCAUGAACCCGUCGCUAAAAUGGGUGCACUGCCCAUAGACUCAACAAAGCGAACACAACGAAUGGCAUCGUCAUGAGCAGCUACUUGUUGGUUUUGUCCGGUUUGAAUGUCAAAGACCUUAGCAGACUUGUCGACACUACCGGAUGCAACUUUUGUACCGUCCCUCGACCAGUGAACGCUGAGAACGGGACCUUGAUGGUCAAACAUGGCCUUUCCAAUAGUUUGGCCAGUAGGUUGAACCUCAUAAAUACGGACUUUGCUAUCCCUGCGUAAGGUUAGACCUCAUUAAUUCGUUUUUUUUUUCUUGGUAUUCAUGCUUCUCGCUAAGCAAACGAAAGGAAUCGCGAAAAUUAAGCUUUACGAUGCGAUUCUUGAAGAAAAACACGAAUCAAUCGUCUAACGAAAGCAUUUUAGCGUGUACAUACCAAGAAGCAGCAGCCAAAAACUCUGCUUGAGGGGAGAAGGCCAAGUCCGAGACGGUGUCGUCAGGAGGCUGUUGCACCUAAUGAUACGUAAGUAUGCCAUUAUCCAAAAAGAACACAUAC